ACAGUAUUAGCUAGCAGAUUGACGAUGUAAAGCAUCUAAGAAGAUUCUACCUGCUCAUGCUCAAAAUCCUGAGCUCGGUCGGUCUUAUACCAACGCGUGCGGAACUUGCCCAUGGCUGUAUGUUCGUGUUGGCGUUUUGGAUCAGAUGGAUUCUAGAAAUCAGAUUGUACACGGAUGACAUCAUGAAGGGCCAUCGAGCUGCAAGUACAGUAGGAAGAAUCGAUCCUGCGGACCCCAGAUCUGAGGAUGAAGGUCUAAGAAAAAGGAUGGCGCAACGUUGGAAGAUAGGGGAGGAUGAGUCUGAGAGGGGUACUCGAGGCCCACCAUGAGGCCAGAGGCACAAUAUACUUCUCCCGGGAAGGUUUGAACUAAGCAGAAAUGCGACGGGGUGAUUGGAGGAAGCUGUGACAGUGCGUGCAGUAGCGGCCGGAGUG